AUGGCUUUCAUCUUUAAUAAAGUUCUCUUUUCUUUGUCUAAUCCUUUAAAGAAUUCGCCUUUUUACUCGUACUUCAAAUAUUACAUUAAAUUAUGUACUUACGCAACAGGGUGGCCCCACCUUCGGGUAGAAGGAGGAUAUCAGUGUUUAACAUGUAACAAAGUUGUCUCUAAUACAGAGAUCUGUAAACACUUAGAUUCUGAGCAGCAUAAGGUUGCUCGGGUUUCAUUAGGCUGCACUAGAAAUGAUGCUGACAACAACCAACCAAAUAUUGACCAAAUAAAUGAAGAGAAGAAGGAACAGACGACAGAGAAUGAAGCCCAUGGAGAUGAUACGCAAGCGACAUCUAGCAAAAAUGUUGACACAGAGGUUUUGUCAGAUAACUCCUCUGUUACUGAAGGAAAAGCUAUAAAGAAACCAACUGCUGUGAGUAUAGAACUAGAAACUUAUGCAAACAAACAUGGCUUGAUCGUAACCCAAGAUAGGUUUAGUUUAAAUUGUCAGAUCGAGUCUCUGUAUCAUUGCGGUUUCUGCGGCGUAUUUCAGAAAGAAUUUGGGAGCAUAUUGGAUCACCUUAACACUGCUUUACAUGAACACCAAAAGGAUACAAAAAAGAAGAUUUUGCAACGUAUUAAGGACGAAGGACUACUGAACCACCACAGUACAAAGGAAAUAAAUAUAUUCGAAAGAUUUCUCGCUCUUAGCGAAUAUUAA